GCGCGACACUUACAUUACACAGGUGGAACAAGAGUUGUAACUACUGUAAGUGUUGUUGUAUCUUCUUGCUAAGGACUUGUUCUUAUAUUAAUCGAACGCUUCUAGGCACAUAAUCGCAAAAAGAUGUCAGCCUUUCUCACGAGCGCCUAUACCGUCGUCAACUUCGCGAGGGGGACGAAGCAGAUGACGGAUAAAGCACGCAGACUUCUCAACUCCGUUCAACAACCAAAUAGUGGAGAACACGAUAAGAGCCAGCUGAGUCGACUGCAGUUAAGGCAAAGGCUAUCUGCAUCUCAUUUCUUUGCGCACCAGGAAGAUGUGAAAUUGAUAAAAGGGAAGCAAGGGCUCAACUACAUCCCAAUAAAUGCUUCACAGUAUGUACUACACAGGGACAGAUCAUGAUCAGGUACUUAUUUAGAAGUAGUCGUACUCGUUGUAAAACAACUACUGCUCAGUCUAAUACGAGCGGCCCAGCUAUCCCAACGUCUCGACUGCCUUCUCGAACCGGUAACGACCUUGUUGCUCUACUCGACGGACAAGGGGAGUACCAGUGUGCAAGGGAUUCUCCUCAACGGACUACAGGUUUUGCAAUUAUGCUUGGUGGAAUGAAGAAGAAAUCCUCGUUUCAAUAGGUUUCAAUAGGUUCACGAAAUGAAUUCAGUUUAUCGCCUGUGCUCGUCUCGUCCUUCCCUUCAAGACAUACGUCAGGGUAACGGGGCAAACAACUCUUAAUAUUCAUUCAUCUUCAUCUUUCAUCCUUCGCAGUCUACUUUUUCUGCGAGCAGCACAACACAACCGAGCAGCUAGGCGAAACCGAACAGUCUUUACUCGACGUGGCGGUUGAGUUUCAUCUGAAGCAACUGGACUUCGUCUGUCAGAGCGUAACGAUGGCCUUAGCGACUGUGACGCACCUUGCAUCUUGCGGUGGAACGGGAUCUUUGCAAUCCCGCCAUCAACCAUUCGACAUCGGAGUCUCCGCUAGCGCGCUCUUGCGAGCCUCCACACGAAUAGGAGACGUGCAGGCCGUUGCCGGUGGUGGUGGGGAGCUGUGCGUCGUUGUCGGCACCAUGGUAAAAACUACCUACAAAAAUUAAGGGUAGGUUAAAGGUGCUUUUGGUUUUGUUACCGUUUGUUAUGGCUGGGGACAGCCAUAACAUGCGGGAGAACCCAAGAACACCAAAAACCUACCUCUAAAAGCUGCAACAACAGCCUCAAAACAGAGGAGGAGGUGGUGGGGAUGCAGCUACAUCGUCUUCUUUGAAUCCUACAGGGAUGGCGACUACGUACGUCUCAUCCAGGCGCAAUCGCAGGAAUGCAACCUCUUAUCCUGCCAAGAUGAAGCUGAUUAUGAUGGGUCAUCGAUUCGUUUUACGUGUAGAUCCGGUGAACCGGUUACUGAACGAACAUGGCGGGCAAGAAAGUAGUCCUCGACCUUUUUUGGUAGAAAAAGGUGGAGAAAGUGCUAGUGCUGCUGGACGACAGGGAAGUAUGGAAUUUCCGAUAGCUGUGAGUCUGCACUUUGAACUGGGAGUAAAACCUGAUGUUCCGGAACAAUCACGCGUAAAAGCGCAACAAGUGGAAGAUCAUCGUCACGAUAAAAGUGAAGGAGAUCUUCAUGGAACAAGUGCCACCACUGUUCCUGGAAGAGCCAUUAGCAAGAACAAAACUCGCAGUGACCAGCUGAACAGCCGACAGCCUGUGCUAAGCUUUGUCGUUGACUCUGCUGUUGGCUCUACCGUAGACACAGAGCUAGAUGCGGAGCUCGAUUUUCAAUUGGUUUUUCCCACAGCACCAGGUGGAGGUCGCGGAGAUCGUCAGGCAGAGGCGGAAUCAUCUGGUGGAAGUACGUCAAGUAGAGCUCAUGGAGGAGGCCGUGCUUCACGCGAACGUGGUCAAGUAGAUUCUCAAGCUGACCAGAUGAGUGAUCUACUUGACAUCACUUCCACCCCAAACUACACGACUGGUGGGACAUCGUCAUCUUCUGUGGUCGAAUACGAAUUCACUUUCGAUAUGGUCGGCAAUUGUAAACAUCCAACCACCGCUGCUGACGGUUCCUCGUCAAAUACUUCCUCCUUUUGGAAAAAUGUCGUCUCUCCAGUCGAAUUCCUCUACACUGCGAGACUCUGUGCAGCUGAUGAGGCAAGGUCUGUCACGGGGUUAUUACCGCCUCCACCGCCACAUCAGAAGACUACAAGACACGAACCUCGAGACCAGGUGAAUCCCAGACCAUCUCCAGUAGAUCAUGACUACGACGAUGCAGCGAGAAGAGCAGAGCAACAAUCUACCUCCUCGCCUGGAGACCAUGAGGAUGAAGAAAGUCAUUCACCAAUCCCAGAAAUGAGCAAGCGAAAUUCUGGCGUAACUCUGGGUGGCUCAGCAUGGUCUUCUGCACCGGCGUGGUCAUCAGCAGAGGCGGUUCCCAGGCCGGCUCCAGAGCUGUUUAGCACCCCUUAUUUUAUGAAGACAGGAUAAUACUGUGGAUCUUAUUUCUUGUACAACUGCGAUACUAAAUGUCUAUGGUUGUUGUACCGAACCACUGUGCAACAACUACUCUACAUGAUUACAAUUUCUGAAUGAAGAGAACAAGAAGAUGCUCAAACUCAUUCUCACACUCUGAGGAUUUGAAAAAUUCAAUUUUGUACUUGUACUUGAGUACCGUACAACUCUACUUCUCCCUCCUACGCACUCUACUACGACUUACUGUACUCUACUUCUACACUUCCUGCAUUCGUCUCCAAUCAGAUCUCUUCCGGUGCAGGUCACAGUACAGGAUCUAGUGGGGAGCAGCAGGGAUUCCAUCUCCGACUUACGGAUGACGUACUCGAACGGCUGCUUUCCUGUCGUCCACUACGUGCGAAACCUACUCUCAUCUUGAAGGAUCCACCUCCUCCGACAUCUAGAAGGAAGAGUGAAAGAGGGGAAGGUACUAGCAGCAAGGAGCAACUCCAGCAACAGUCUCGACCAGUGGCACAAGCUGCGGGUAGUGAACUAACACCCUCAGCACAGCACACAUGGGAGAGUACAAAGCAGAUUCGUUUGAAAGAAGGAACUUCUUCAGGACUAGCAGAAGCAUCAUCUACUAAACCCGUACCCGCCGCUUUUGCUACAACAUCAUCAGAUGAAUUCCCGAUACCUCCCCUAGCAGCGGUAGAUCAACCAGACAGAAACACCCCUCCCGCUCAACACGCCUCGCUCUCUGGCGCAGCACCACCACAAAGUCCUGACGAUAAAGCUGCAAGUUGUAAUCUUCCAGGACAAGACGAAAUCGACGAAGAGGUGGACCAAAUGGAAAGCGCUAGUGAGAACGAAGGAGGAUUUUGAAGGAGGAUUCUGAACAAGUGGUAACUGAGGUGAUCAUUGUCAACAUGGAGGUCUACUUUCAAAUGAACACAAUUCGAUUUGUGAAGUUUUGACUUGUUCUUUUCCACCUGCUACCUAUGGUGGAGGAGGAUUUAAGAUUGAAAGUGUCAUGGUGAUCAUUUUUUCAAAUUCAAGCAAGGAAGAAGCGCAUGGAGAU